GUCGGAACUGAGAUUGACAAUAGGUCUAGUACGCGACGAGCAAAGUAUGCACGCUGAACGACUGAAUCUGUGGGAGGAUUUCAAUCAUUGCUGGCUCACAGCUCUUCAAAGACAAAAAGAAAUCACGGAGGAGAGUCUUGAAUCCGGCCAACGACCACGUCCAACUCAGACUUUGAUGGGGUAUGAUCAGCUGGAGAAUCUUGGUCGGGAGCUAGUGAGGCUUUGUGAUCUGAUGGAAAAGCCUGGCUUGGUAGACUAUCAGAUGGGCGUCUGGGAAGAAGAGAUAAUCUCAAUGCUCACGGCAUGUCUGGACUUGAUUGAGGACCAGCCGCGAGGCUCGACCGGCUCGACUGCUCGAGGCUCCAUUCCACCAACGUCACGACAAAGGUGACAUUAGAAAGUGGCCACUUCACACAUGUCUAGAUAGAUGGCUCAUGGGAACGCGACAACAAUGACGCAUACUGAUUGCAUAAUACAUAUCUUGAUGGGACAUAUCGCAUUGACCAUUUCUGAACGGAAACACAUCGACUGGCAAUUCGGCUUGAUCAGACCCGGCUGGGUUUGGUCUCAGUCUCCCAGAAUCACAAUAUAUUCCACACUCCGCUGCGCGUAAGAACUUUCUUUUGUUCCUUCUUCGGGUUCUAAGGCGCACUGUACGGUUAUAUUGACGGGAGAUAUCUGCAUGUGGAUAAUGCACCGGCAAACGUUUAUCACUUUUUCGACAUGGCUCUCGGGAUCUCAAAUGGAAGAUUUUGCUUUCUUCGAAUUCAUAGACGUGGGGGCUCGAUGUAUCAUGAGAGCUCCACACUUUCCCCUCCUAGUCAGAU